AUGACUAAAACGUCUCAUUCUUUGAAACGUGCGACAUAUAAAACGUCCAAUUUGAUUCAUCUCAAGUCUCCAAAAGGCAAUGGGAAUUAUGUAAAGGGGCCAACAAUGUAUAUGGUGACUGAUGAUUUAACAGUGACUCCACUGUGUGUGACCUCAAGCCUUUCUAAUUUGGACCGGCUUGGAAUCCCGUUGUCUGAUGUCGAAGAUUUGGAGCUUAACAUUGGAUUGGAAGAGGCUCUAAGCAUUUUGAAGGCAUCUCUUACCUCGACUUCGGCCCUGACUAAUGGCCUUUUUGGUCCAUCACCGAAAAAGUGUUUUACUUUGAAAGUCAUGAUAAAUAAAGAUAAAACUAAGGUCCUCUUUGCAGAGGCCGAGAGCGAUUUUUUCGACGUUUUGUUGAGUUUCCUGACAUUGCCAUUGGGAAAGAUCGCGAAAAUCCUCGUGGAACACUAUGGAGAUGACAAACCCAGAGUCUGUAGCUUGACCCCUUUGUACAAUAGCCUUGCCAAUCUUGAUGUGCUCCAUUUUCAUUCGGAGACCAGUAAACAAAUGCUGCUAAACCCGAAAAGCGUGUUUGAUAAAGAAUGCCGUAAGCUGAAGCUGAAUCUAAGUGACUCUGAGCCCACCAAGUACUUUACAUGCAGAGGGGCGUCUAGUGGGAAGCACAAUUUCACCAUGAACUAUAAUAAUGUUAGAUGUGAUUGUGGGAUUACAAUGAGCACAGAAACAAAAUUUUUUGCUGAAUAUGGCGAUGAUCGAGCUUUUUGCAGGAAAGGUGCUACCUUUAUAAUCGGUGAUGAUAUGCGGGUGGCGCCUAAUGUGUCAGGGUCGGUGUUGAGGACUCUAGCAGAAGUUGGUAUUAGGGACAUCAAAGGGGCCGAGAUGAGGAACGUGACAUUCGGAUAUAAUGAGAUUAUAGAUUUGCUGAAAGGCACGCUCGUGUCACGGACUCCUUUAACCGAUGUCAUAAUCGGAGAAGCUCAAAGUAACUCCCGAGUUUUCAUACCAAAGACAGAGGAAGCAACUGUUUCCAACUCUGAGAAGAUUAUGAUAUUGAAAGUCAUGAUACAAAAAUCUACACAAAAGUUAUUGUUUGCGCAAGCAGAGGAUGAUUUUGCCGAUUUUCUCUUUAGUUUGCUCACGAUCCCACUCGGUGGAGCUUUGUCACUUCUGGGGACCAACACUGGUGUUACAAGUUUAGACAAUUUGUACACGAGUGUAGAAAAAAUUAACGGUGACAAGUACUUGACUAAAGACUGGACCAAGUUUCGGAAAACCGAACUCCCUAUCGGAUAUAUAUCCCCAAACCAACUUCUCCCUAUGACCGAAACAGGAAUUUCUGAACUUCAUUUUGUUGGAGCCUCUGCACUUCCUGGGCAUAUUGAUUAUCUGUCUCCUUCAACAGUGACAUAUAGAACGUCUUAUUCUUUGAAAUGUCCGACAUAUAAAACGUCCAAUUUGAUUCAUCUCAAGUCUCCAAAAGGCAAUGGGAAUUACGUGAAGGGGCCAACAAUCUAUAUGGUGACCGAUGAUUUAACCGUCACUCCAUUGUGUUUGACCUCAAGCCUUUCUAUUUUGGACCAGCUGGGAAUCCCGUUGUCUGAUGUGGAAGAAUUGGAGAUUAACAUUGGAUUGGAAGAGGCUCUGAGCAUUUUGAAGGCAUCUCUAGCCUCGACUUCGGCGCUGACCAAUGGCCUUUUCGGACCAUCAUUAAGA